CCUGGGUGUUUCAGGUUGAGGGCAGUGAGAGGAGGUAGCAGGAGGCUGUGGUCUUGGCGGGUGGACUGUCUCGGCCUCGGCAGCCAGGUCGGUGGUGAGGUCACGAUGUCCACCAAGGUGCCCAUCUAUCUGAAGCGCGGCAGCCGCAAGGGCAAGAAGGAGAAGCUUCGGGACCUGCUGUCCUCAGACAUGAUCAGCCCGCCGCUGGGAGACUUCCGCCACACCAUUCAUAUCGGCAGCGGAGGUGGCAGCGACAUGUUUGGUGACAUCUCCUUCCUGCAGGGCAAGUUCCACCUCCUGCCUGGAACGGCAGUCGAGGGACCUGAGGAGGAUGGCACCUUCGACCUCCCCUUCCAGUUCACCCGCACGGCCACGCUGUGUGGCCAGGAGCUCCCCGACGGGCCGUCCCCUCUGCUCAAGAACGCCAUCUCCCUCCCGGUCAUCGGUGGGCUCCAGGCCCUCACCCUGCCCACCUCCCAGGCCCCACCCAAACCCCCUCGCCUGCACCUGGAGACCCCUCAGCCCUCCCCACAGCCUUCCCCACAGGAGGCAGGGAGUGUGGACAUCUGGAGAAUUCCAGAGGCUGGCUCGGCCCACAAUGGGCUGACCCCUGAGUCGGGGGCAGAUGAGCCCUUCCUGUCCCACGCCAGCUCCCUGCUCUCCCUGCACGUGGACCUGGGGCCUUCCAUCCUGGACGAUGUCCUCCAGAUCAUGGACCAGGACCUGGGCCAUAUGCAGAUCCCCACACAGGACCCGAGGCUGGCCAGGCGGGGCACCCAGGCUGGGGUGAAUGGUGGGAAGCAGGGGGUGGACACGGCCCUGGUCUAGAAGUGAAGAUCCCAAGGUCCCACCUGUGUGGUCACUGGCCAGCAAUUUCUCACCUUGACCUUUGUUUCCCCCUCCCCACCCCCACCCUCUCCCCAUGAGCAGAGCUUGCCUCGUUGCUUUCCCCUAAAACCCGCCGAGGACACGUGCAGAAGUCAGCCCAAAAUGCCCUGAGCAUCUUGGGCCCU